AUGGCUCACAAGCUUCACCUCAAGAGGCUACGGCCUUCAACCCCAAAGCAACGAACCUCUAUCCGCAACACUCCAAAACUCAAGGAUGAGUUUAGUUCUUCGAUAAAGCUCGGCCACGGGGCCUCCGGCACAGUCUACCUCAUGUACGAGAGACACAGCCAGAAGCCUCGCGCAGUAAAGGAGGUAGGUAAGGACAGCGACGAAACGAGGGAGGAUUACGCAACCCGAGUCUACAAGGAGUUCGAGCUCGCCAGCAAGUUGCAUCAUCCCAACGUGGUCGAAACCCUCCGGCUCUGUUCUCGCAGCCGUCGCUUGUGCAUCGUCAUGGAGCACUGUGCCAACGGCGAGGUCUUCGAUCAAGUCGAGGGCGAGCAUCUCACGGAGAGCGAGAAGCUAUGCCUCUUCAAGCAGCUUCUUCACGGUGUGGAGUACCUGCACAGCCAGGGCGUCGCCCACCGCGACAUCAAGAUGGAGAACCUCCUCCUCAACGAAGCCGGACAUCUCAAAAUCGCCGACUUCGGACUUUCGACGACUGGGAAUCGCGCUUACGGUACCAGCGCCCUCACCAGAUGCGUGACCCGAUGUGGCACGCCGCAUAUUACACCGCCCGAGGUCAUGAGAAAGACAGGGUUCUAUGACGGUCGGGCAUACGACGUCUGGUCGUGUGCCAUGACCCUGCUGAUCAUGCUUUCCCCUACCAUCGGGCAAUGGGAAACCGCCACCCCCAGCGACAGAUUUUACGCUCAUUACAUGAAGAAAUGGGCCCCUUACAAUAAAUCCUUUUGGGACACCCUUCCCGACUGGGUGUCGGACGCCGAAACUCGACAUUUCGGCCCCAACUUCUACGCCAUUCCGGACCGGCACCUUCGACGUCUCCUGCUCAAAAUGCUGCACCCGGACCCUGCCAAACGCCUCACUAUCUCCCAGGCGUUGGACCACCCCUUCGUCCGCGGAAUAGAGUGCUGCUGCCGCGUGCCAAAUAGCAGAGACCAGUGCCCCCCUGCUCGACAUUAUCACGGACCGCCUGCGCGCUCGCCGAGCCCCUCCCCUGCCCCCUCGCCGAGCCCGGUGCGGUUUCCGUUAAAUAUCCGCUGGAACGGAUGGGGAAGGACCAGAGAAGGUGAGAAUGUGUAA